ACCAUGAAUAUUAUGUAUAAUAGUUUUGAAGCCGUUUUUCGUAUGGUUUUGUAUUAAUGCGUCAAUUAACUUUGAACUCUUCUUAUGAAAAAGCGCUUGUUUUGCAGUUAUGAUACUUUAUCGCUGUGACCAGGUCCAGUAUGACAUACAUUGAUUAUCAUUGAAUAUAAUUUUGUCAAUAUAGUUCUUUGACGAUUUUUGAUUGUUUAGUCGUCAAAUUUCGACGAAUGUUAUUGUAAACUUAUGAAGUGCGUUGCUGGACACUCUGGAUAUUCUCCUAUUUAAUCCUAAAAAACAGUAAGAAAUUCGAAAGUUUUAUUGACUACUUCCUGCUGAAUAAUGCACAAACCUUCAGACUCACAGAAUACCACAUCUUCAUGCGAACUAUUUACACCAUACGGGAUUACACCUGGACUAGUCAAACAAGUCAGAGAGAAAUUUCAAAGUGAAAUCUCAAUGAACGAACUGUCUAGAAAUAUACAUUCUGGAGUUAAGCACCAUUCAGCUACAGCCCGCCUUACGUGCGCAUAUCAAAACCUUCUACACAACGACAAUGGAAUUCAGAGACACAAUACUUAUCCUAAUAGGAGAAUCCAAUCUACUGGUAGAGUUUCUGACAUGCCUACUCCCGCUAGUUUAACAGUUUAUAAAGUAAAUGGACGACCUCGAGCUGAAAGACUUUUAGACACUUUGAAGUCAAGUAGGGAGAGUUUUACGUCUCAGGUUAGCGUGGGAGAGAGUGGCAAAUGUACUGCACCAGUUCACCCUAAUGAAUACAGAACACAAACUGCAAUAACAGGACAUGGAGUUGAGAAUAAAAGCAGAUACAACAAUGUACCAUCUAACAUAUCAAGCGUUGAACGAGGUGAAAGUUUUCCUAUAAACCACAACUUACUGAAUUCCAAUGAAAAUCAAAAUAAACCAAAAGAAUCAGAAGCAUCCUCAUCUACAAAAAACAGCACACGAACGGAUUUUAAACAACCAGCGAUAUUACCCAAGCCAUCAAAAAGUGAGUUAAGCAAGGAUUCUCUUGUUAAUUUUAUGAUACCUAGAGGGUACGAAGGCAGCAAGCGAUCAAGUCAAUACGUAUAUAGUGCUGAUGAACAUUCUUUUUCUCAAAAAUCAGAAAAUCCUCCCAGUGAAAAGACAAAAAACAGAAGCUUACAAGGUGGGUAUACUCGGUUCAAUAACCAGGCAUAUUCUGAAAAUCCAGGUCACAGAAAUACGACUAUUAGGAUAAACACAAGAAACCAUACAAUUGCUGACCCGUUCGCAAGACUCAGUGACAGUUAUCCUAACCAUACAACAAUAAAAUCUAAGAAUCCAUCAAACAUCAAUUCAGCCUCCGAUUCGUGGGGGAAGGAUGAUAAAGGUGAUAAGAACAAAGUUUCUUCAAAGUUUAAUAAGUCUAAUAGACCUUCAGAAUAUAUAGAUCGUAAAAAAAGCACCGCAGGUGAUACAACGCAAGCUGUCACGGAACCUGUUCGCAGCAAUUCAGUUUGUCCCUGUUCUUCACAUCUUAAUGGAGACCCUUAUCAUACAACUCGAUCGGUAAUCGUAAAUGAUCCAAAAACCACCAAACCUAUAUCUAAGUCCGUAACGUCAUCAUCUCUAUCCUCUACUUUGCAAUCUUUUCACAAUAUUCACUCUGAAAGAAACUUUUCACAAGUAAGAAGAAAUCGUCUCCAAAGUGAAAAUAGUAGCUACUCUGGAACAGAAGACAGUUCGUUGUCUCUCGUAAAACCUGAGAAACCACAUCAAGAUUUGAAUGAUAAGGACGACACAGAUAUAUUUACUGCAGUUAGAGCAGUGCCACGUAGGAGCACAGUGUGUACUGCAAAACGUAAUUCACUCAUGAAUAAAAGUAAACUUAACUUGCCCGCUGAAACAAAUUUGUACAUCAAAGAUUCGGAAUUGCCUGGGAACAUCACUUCCAAGAAAGUGAAUACCUUGCCCACAGACAAUAGGGAAGCAAUUAAAUCCGCGACUGCUGAUAUGAACUUUCCUAAUGUAUCAACAAACGAACUUGGUGAGACAUCCAAGAACAUAGUAGUUGGCCAAAUUCAUACAGAGGACGCAGAGAAAACCUUUCUGGGCGAAAAUAAUUCACAUCAUAAGGCAAAUGAAAAAAUGAGUAAUUUACCUUACCAUAAGCGACAGAUAAACUAUACUAUUUUGGACAGUGUUAUGGGUGAAAUGGAGCAAUUAUUCUCUGGAAAGCAAACAAAUACACAGAGAAAAUUGUCCAGAAUACAUAGCUUUGCCAGAGAAAAGGCUAUGCAAUGCAGAGAAGAAAAGGAAAAUAACGAAGACAAUUGUGCAAAUGAUAGUAACCUUGUGAAGACCUCAGAAGCAAGUGGUUUAGAUAAUAAGUCUACAGCUAACGGUUUAGAGAAUUACAGUAACGUUGAAACUAUUUCUUCUGUUUCUCAGCCCAAGAAUGAAAGACAGUCCGAGAGCUUUCAAGCAGCAUUUCGAGCAGUUGAAAAGCAUCUUAAGUUGUUUUCUGGAACUGAAGAUUCUCAGAGCCUAAAGCCAAGUAAAAUAUCAAAUGAUAUAUCUGAAAAUAUCAUUAAAAAUGGAAAUAACAGUCAACUUGUUUGUCCGGCAACAGAAAAGCGCCCAGGAGAUCCAUGCAACCCUAUUCACGGUAAAUCAGUGACAAAUAAUGAUGAUAAAUUUAAAAAACACCAAAAUGCUUUUAAUCAAUUCAAUUCAAUUAAAAUAACUACUUCAACAAAAGAGUCAGUUGUACAAAAUGAUCACGUCAUUGCAGAUCAAAAUAAUGAUAUCAACCAACUUGUUGAUUGCGAAAAUCGUAGUGAUUCUAGUGUUACUGAUUCUCAACAAUUAAUAUCACAUCCAAGAACAUUAUUCCCUCGUCCACAAUGGUCGCCAAAUCUUAGCUAUUACAUGUGGUCUUCUAUUCAGAACAAUCAAACAUCUUGUACUGGAUCCUACGAUAUAAUGAACAGAAGCAUUAGUAAUACAGAUGGAAUAAAUACAGAUCGAUUGAUACCUGCCGGACAAAUUUCUCAAACCACAAGACAUUUCCCUCGUUUAUCAACAGCUGAAAUUCCAUGUGAGCGACCUAAAUCAGCCCCGGUGAAAAAUUGUAGAAAAAAAAUUAAUCUUGAAUGUAAAACUUAUUCUGUUCAUUAUCCUGGUUUAUUGGCUAAUGGAAAUAUGAAUAUAUGUUAAACAAACAAAAAAACGAGUGAAUGUCUUCCUUCCUUUACGACAAACAUCGUUUUCUAGAAUCUAUUGUAUUUAUUUCUAUUUAAUUUAUGGUAAAAACUGUGAUAUUUUGAUUUGGCUAUUUUUCAUUCUAUUUUCAAUUCGAAAUAAAAGUAUUUUACAAAUAUACUGUAAGAUUUAAUUAUGAUUAUUGUCAAUUUUUUUCUUUUUUUCUAUCAUCAAUAUCCAUCGAGUAUUUAUUUUUAAACGUUUCAAUUUCUCGCAUAACUUUAUUUGUUUAUGUACACUUUCAUUUCAUUAUAAUUAUGGAGGGUUUCCAAGAAACAAAAAGAAAACACUGAUGUUUUAUGUCUUCCAGUUUUGGUGAAGUGAUUCAACAUAUUAUUCAUCAUUUAUAAACAAUUGGUUUUUAUUAUCUAUCAAAUAAUAUCGUUAGAUAUUUCUUAUCAAAUGACUACCUCUAUUUUUAUAUACAUGUAUUUAAAGACUAUUUAUUUUCAUAGACGCUUCAUUAAUUUUAAAUGCUGCCUAAUGACGAAACUCAAAUAACAGUUCAACUGUUGAAUACCAGAAAAAAGAGAAAAUGAACGUAUACUUUUAUGGUCUUAAAUUGUUAGGCGAAUGACGGAUAUACUGUUUAGUAGAUGAAAAUAGAUUGAAUUGCGUAACUA